UAUUUCAACAUAACCCGAAAACACACAGUAGUUUUCAGCUUCAUUAUCUCCGAGCAUGCAUGUGUAGAUAGAUAAACACACGCGCCAUCGGAAAAUCUUCCUCCAUCACGCGCGAUCGGAAAAUCUUCCUCCAUAGCGGUGGCAACACAACGUUCCAUCACAAUAUUCAGCAACUUCUAAGGUACUCUUUCUUCUAUUUCACAAACCCUAAAUUUCUCAAUUAAACUACAAGGUUUCGUAAAUUAGGGUUUAGAAAUAGCUACCAGAACAGAUCGCGGCGCUAGAAUGAAAGGGCGAUCGAAUCGCCCUCAGAGUUUUGACCCUCCGCCGGACGAAUGGGUCGACGGUUCAUGGACGGUGGACUGCAUCUGCGGCGUCACGUUUGACGACGGCGAAGAGAUGGUAAAGUGUGACGAGUGCGAUGUUUGGGUUCAUACGCGUUGUUCUCGUUAUGUGAAAGGUGAUGAUAUGUUUGCUUGUGAUAAGUGCAAGAAUAAGAACAACCGUGCGGGAAUGGAAAACAAUCCGGAAGAAACCGAGGUUGCUCGAUUGCUUGUUGAGCUUCCGACGAAGACGAUUUCCUUAGAGAGAAGGAAUAAUAAUAGAAGUAAUUCUCUUUCGUCUGCUAGAGCUGGGUCUUGUUCGCGUCGUCCUUUUAAGUUAUGGACUGAUAUACCUAUGGAGGAGAGGGUUCAUGUUCAGGGUAUUCCUGGUGGUGAUCCUUCUCUGUUUGCUGGAAAGGCUGUGUCGUCGAUUUUUGGUCCGCAGUUGUGGAAAUGUACUGGUUAUGUUCCUAAGAAGUUUAGUUUUCAGUAUAGGGAAUUUCCGUCUUGGUAUGAGAAUGAUGAUAAGGGUGUACAAGAGAAUGAUAAUGAUAUUAAGGAUAAGGAUAAUGGGGCUGGGGUUCUUUUAUCGUUAUCGAAAGAGACUAAUAAUGUGUUAGCUACGUCUCCUGUUGCGGCUUUGGUUGAUAUGAGAUCAAGCCAGGGUAAGAAGGGCUUUAAGGAGAGUGGAAUGGGCAAGUUUGGCAGAGAUCAUAUGCCACGUGUCCAUAAUGCGGUCAAGAAGGAGAGGACUUUGAUUAGGCCUUUUGUUCAGUCGAGUAAGCGUAGGAAAGAUGAAUUCUCCAAAGACCGGAGUGGGAAGAAGAAGCGGGUCAAGACUUCUGAAAGAGAGGAGGUAGAUCUCAAGAGGAGGACUUCUGAUCGAGAGGAUGUAGAACCCAAGAGGAGGACUUCUGAUCGAGAGGAUGUAGAUCCCAAGAGGAGGACUUCGGAUCGAGAAGAUGUAGAUUCCAAGAGGAGGACCCCACAUUCUUCUAAAGCAGUGUUUACACCCACCAGUGAUGCAAAACAAUUGGCAUUUUAUGGAGACAGAGGUCCGAAGGUUUUCAAGGAUGGCAUUCGGAGCAUAAAGAAUAAAAACUCAAAAGACACAGUUGUUCGAGAUCAUAUUUCUAAUGAUUCUUUUGCUGUUGGUACCAUCAUGGAGGUAUCAAAUAACAACUUGACAACUACUGAGGAGUCUUCAGAAGCUUUAUAUCCUAAGAAAUCAAGACGUAGUCAUUCUGCUGGAGAUAUAUUAGCAGAAGAGAAGACUGGCCAUAAAGUUCUGGAGAUGUCUUCUAAGACUGAUGAUGCUGUUACAUCAGUUCUAAAGCAUACGUAUCUUGAAAAUGCCUCAGCUAAAAAGAAGGGUGGAGAUUGCUUGGAAGCUAAUAAUGUGGAUGAUACUUUAGUAGUAAGAAGCGCUGCGAGUCCUCAGCCAGAAGAUCAUUCUGGUUCUGCACCAGAACAUAUGGAAAAGCAAAUUUCUCAAGAUAUUGACUGUAACCAGCAUCCAAGCUCUGGACAAUGCAAAGUUAAGGGGAUGAUAGGUGAAGAUGACGGUGAUAAGUUUAAGCUCCCGGAUUUUCAUUCUUCUCCUAUCAGUGAUCUUAAAAACAAUGGACAGCCAUCUGAUGCCACAUCUGAUAUUGAUAAAGUGAAUGACGGUGCAGUUCUCAGUUUACCUUUAUGUGAAAAUAAGGCGGUUAAUGUUGGCAUACCAUCAGAAGUAGUCCCUGAUAACCAUACCACUGAACUCAAUGAUUUACCUGCUAAUUUGUGUCUUGGAAAAGUAGAGGGGUCUGAAGGUUCCUUGGAACCACACAAGAGAUUUUCAGAAUCAAAAGAUGGUUCGGACUCUGUUAAGAAUGCAUCAAAAUCUGAAGCACUUGAAUGCCCAAGUAAAAUGCUAGUUUCUGUCGGGAAGUCGUCUCCAACUUCAUCAACCAUGAACUCCUCCAAAUCGUUGAGUCAUGACUUCAAAUCUGAAGAUGCUGAAAUCGCUAAUCCAUUUACGAAGCAUGGGGCUAAAGCUGAUCGUAGCAUUCACUUAAAGAGUGAAAGUUGUAAGAAUGAUACUGCAAUGGAUGAAGUUCCAAGGAAGUAUGUAAGAGAACGUCCAAAAUCCUCUUUGAAUUCCAAUUCAAAAGGAUUACAUUCAAGCAGGAGUACACAGAAUUCCAUUUCAAAGCAAGUAAAUCCAGAUGCGAGAGAUUCUGUUCAUAGUUCAUCAUCUAAACCAUCCCCGGGUCAUCAGAUUCCAAGUGUUUUUGGUUCUAGUGAGACUAAUGCAUCGAUGCACCAUAAAAAAGAAUCACAAGUACAGAAUAAGAUUUCUUCUUCAGUGCCACAGAAAGUAGAAAAGCUUAAUCAAACAAAUGCCCAUCCUUCCUCGAAGUUGAAUCAGAGCCACACACCAUCAUUGAAUCCUUCUCCAACGUUAAAUUCGUCAAUGCUAAGUGAUGAAGAGCUGGCUUUGCUCUUGCAUCAAGAACUGAAUAGUUCACCUCGUGUACCCCGGGUACCCCGUGCACGUCAGACGGGUAGCUUGCCACAGUUGACUUCUACCAGUGCUACAAAUAUGCUAAUGAAGCGAGCAUCAGUUGGAGGAAAGGAUAACCAUUUGGUGUCUAAAAGAAAAUACAAGGAUGCAACUAGAGAUGGGUUUUGCAGUUCUCGUGACCAUGAAGAUGAAACUAAAAAGAUAGAGAAAGAGAAGGGUCAAUCAUCUGAUCAGAGAAAACAAGACAUGGCACGUGUGGAAGAUGCUUUUGUAAAGGAAGAAGGAGGCCGUGCAUGUGUGACAGCUACAAAUUCUAUUACAAGUAAUAUUGUUUCCACAACCUCUUCCAUUGGAAACGGCCGUUCACCUUCCCCUCGCGAGGAUCGUAAUUUGUCAUCAAUGAGGAGCUCGCCCAGGAAUAUAUCUGAUGAUGAUACAGCAACUGCUGGAAGGCCAGUUCAUCACACCUUACCUGGCUUAAUCAAUAAUAUAAUGAGCAAGGGCAAACGGAUGACAUAUGAGGAACUCUGUAAUGUUGUUGAACCGCACUGGCCCAACUUGAGGAAACAUAACGGGGAGCGAUAUGCAUAUGCAAGUCAUUCCCAAGCUGUUCUUGAUUGUUUGAGGAACCGACAUGAAUGGGCGAGGUUGGUUGAUCGUGGUCCAAAGACAAAUACUAAUAGGAAAAGGCGUAGUAAGCUGGACACUGAAGAAUCUGAUGACAAUGGAUAUGAAAAAGGAAAAACUGCAAAAGAGACCGAAGGGAAGAACUUUGAGUUGCAAAAAGAAGAGUUCCCUAAAGGCAAGCGUAAAGCUCGAAAACGCAGGCGGUUGGCUCUUCAGGGAAGAGCAGUAAAGGAUGUCAGGAGGAGACAAAAAGCUGAUUCACUAACUGGCGAUGACGCUGGUCCAUUCUCCAAUACUAGUGAAGAGAGCAUGUUUAGUGAGGAUGAAGUUCAAGUUGACAGAAUACGUCCAUCAGGAAGUACAUCAGAUGACGCGGGGAGUGCUUAAUCUCAGGUGGCUAAAUAUCUAAUUGGGUUUAUUCUUACAGUAAUUUGCAUUUCUUGGUUUGAAAUCCAACCAAGUCUUGUGUCUGACUGUGAGCUUGUCUAGUGGGGGAGAUGCGCGGUACUAUUUGUGAUGUAGCGUUGUAUUAUUAGUAGUGUAAAUAGUUCCAAUAGUAGUAGUUUAUGUAGUGUAGUAUCCUUUUGAAGCAUGAGACAACCGUUGUAGAUUUUGUAGAAUCUGUAACUUAUUAAAAGAUUCAGUUAGGGAUAAAAAAAGAAUGUACAAUUGGGCUUUGAUUAGGAAUUACUAGUGUCAAUUCAUAAACGCUUCUGAACAACUCUGGUAGCUUUUGCGAUGGAUUAGUCUCUGAUUGUCAGUUAUUAUUAUUUAUUAAUUAAGGAUUGAAGUAUGGUUCUAUUUGUA